AUGUACAAUCGGAAUCCGUCCAUUACAGUACCCACUUCCAACAUGGAAUCAUGGAGUGGAAACCAAAUCGACCCAGUCGCUAACUUAAAGAGCCGCAAGAUCUACAUGCAAGUUGGCACCUCCGACACUACAGUAGGGCCUAAUGUCAUGAGUCAGCUGAAAGCACAGCUGGCUAAAUUUGCGGACACGGCUUCUACCACCUAUAUCACUACUCAAAGUGCUGCCCACACAUUUCCAACCGACUUUGACGGUUCAGGGGACAACCAGUGUGGCUCUGCCUUGUCCCCCUAUAUCAGCAACUGUAAUUAUGACGGUGCAGGUGCAGUCCUCAAGUGGAUGUAUGGUGAAUUGGCCGCUCGCAAUAGUGGUUCCUUGUCAGGUGAAGUUAUUGCAUUUGACCAGAGCUCCUCCUUUGGAGCCAGCGGCAUGGAUAGCACCGGCUAUCUGUAUGUUCCCGCUGCUUGUAAGGAUGGUUCCACUGUCUGUAAGCUACAUGUUGCGCUCCAUGGAUGCCUGCAGAGCCACAGCCAGAUUCAGUCUAAAUUUAUCGACAACACCGGUUAUAAUAAAUGGGCUGAUACGAAUAAUAUCAUUAUUGCCUUCCCUCAGGCAGUUGUGGACUACUCAAUUCAUACCGUUUGGGGUGGAACCAUGCUUCCCAACCCCAACGCCUGCUGGGAUUGGGUCGGUUGGUAUGGCAAGAAUGCAGACCAGAAAGGAGGAGUCCAAAUGACUGCCAUCGUCAACCAAGUCAACCAGAUCAUCAGCGGGUACCACACCAGCACCGGUGGCAAUAACGUUACUGCAUGA